CCGCGGCCACCGCACCGCACCGCGUCGUCGUCGUCCCCAGCCAACCCAACCCAGCGCAACCCCCAAAACGAAUCCAACCCCACCUCAGCCGCAGCGCGGCGCCCCCCCGGAAUCCCAGCGCCGGUGCGCGCACGGCACCCGCAGGGCGCGGCGCGGCCAUGGACAUGGACAGCGUGGAGUGUCUCUCCCUCCCGGACGCCGCCAUGGACGUGGACGACGUCGACACCCACCCGCACCACGGCCACCACGCCCACCUCGGCCUCCCGCUCCACCCCGCCCACCUGCCCUCCGCCGGGGCCGGCCGCGCGUUCCCCAAGGUGAAUGCCGGGGCCGGCGCGGCGGCGGCGGCGGCUGCUGCUGCUGCCGCGGCUGCGGCGGGGGCAGCGGCCGCGGCAGGAGCGGGCGGGGGCCCGCCGGCGACCAGCGUGCACGAGCUGCUGGAGUGCCCUGUCUGCACCAACUCCAUGUUCCCGCCCAUCCAUCAGUGCCAAAAUGGACAUACUUUGUGUUCGACGUGCAAGGCCAGGGUGCAUAACCGGUGCCCUACAUGCAGACAAGAGCUUGGUGAUAUCAGAUGCUUGGCACUGGAAAAAGUAGCGGAGUCACUAGAGCUUCCCUGUAAGUACUGCUCUUUAGGUUGCCCCGAGAUCUUCCCGUACUACAGCAAGAUAAAGCAUGAAGCACAGUGCAGCUUCAGGCCGUAUAAUUGCCCUUAUGCUGGCUCUGAAUGUGCUGUAUCUGGUGAUAUUCCAUUCCUUGUUGCACAUUUGAGGGAUGAUCACAAAGUCGACAUGCACAGUGGCUGCACAUUCAACCAUAGAUACGUCAAAUCCAACCCACGAGAGGUUGAAAAUGCCACAUGGAUGCUAACAGUAUUCCAUUGUUUUGGGCAGUACUUCUGCCUGCACUUUGAAGCUUUCCAGCUCGGAAUGGCUCCAGUUUAUAUGGCUUUCCUCCGAUUUAUGGGGGAUGAGAAUGAAGCAAGGAACUAUACAUACAGCCUAGAGGUUGGUGGUAACGGUAGGAAAAUGGUAUGGGAAGGCACUCCAAGGAGUAUCCGUGAUAGCCACCGCAAGGUUCGGGACAGCCAUGACGGCCUCAUCAUCCAGAGGAACAUGGCACUGUUCUUCUCGGGCGGUGAUAGGAAAGAGCUGAAGCUGAGGGUGACUGGCCGGAUCUGGAAAGAGCAAACCAACCCGGACGGAGCCUGCAUUCCGAACCUUUGCAGCUGAGCAAAGGAAACGAUUGAAAAGAGAGAGAAAAGAUUGUGCUACUUGGCUGGCUUGUUAUUUCAAAAUUGCCAUGUUGUUGUGUUUUCAUUAUAGUAUGUGGCUGUUGCAAUGUUGUACCGUAAGCGAAAUUUUAGGAUGUAAAAUGUUCUUGUAAAGUAAUUGUGUAUAACAAAUCCAAGAAAUCAUACAAGUUGGCCCAUAAAUGUCUGUCUUGCGUU